AUGGACUCGCACCCUACACCGCCACAUCCCCAUCGCGCGACCGCCAGCCAGUCGCCAACCCCGCCCACCUCCUCCUCCCCCUCGACCGCCGCCCUCACCUCGUCCCACACCUACCAGUCGUUCGACGACCUCGUCCCGACGUCUCCCCGCACCCCGACCACUCGUCACGUCCGCACCUCGAGCAACCGCAGCCGAGGCACGUUCGGCGACCUCGACCACGACGACGACGACCGCGACGACCCGUCCGCCCUCGAGGACCACAUCAGCUCCGUCGCCGAGAAGACGUGGAACACGCUCGAGUUCGUCAAGCUCACCGUCGCCAUCGCCGGCGCUCAACUCGCCUGGACCGUCGAGAUGGCGUACGGCACGCCCUACCUCCUCGGACUCGGCCUCACCAAGCAGGGCACGAGCCUCGUCUGGAUGGCCGGCCCGCUGAGCGGCAUGCUGGUCCAGCCCAUCGUCGGGGCCCUCUCCGACUCGUCGCCGUCCCGGUUCCGCCGCCGCCAGUACAUCGCCUUCUCGGCCCUGUUCGUCCUCGUGUCGUCGCUCGUCGUCGCCUACGCCCGCGAGGCCGCCUCGGUCCUCGUCAGCCUCUUUGCCGACGUCGGCGACUGGGACCCGGCCCGCGCCUCACGCGAGCAGGCGUGCGCCAUCUGGAUCGGCGUCGUCGGCUUCUACGUCCUCGACUUUUCGCUCAACGCGCUCCAGGCCGCCAUCCGGGCCCUCGUCCUCGACCUGUCGCCGUCGCCGCUCCAGAACUCGGCCAACGCGUGGCUCGGGCGCCAGACGCACAUCGCCAACGUCGUCGGCUACCUCGUCGGCUACCUCGACCUCGGCCACUCGCCGCUCCUGCGCUGGCUCGGCGGCGGCCAGUUCCGCAAGCUCGCCGUCACGAGCUGCGUCGUCAUGCUCGCGACCGUCGCCGUCACGUGCGUGACCCAGCAGGAGGACGCGCGCCCCGAGAUGCGCUCGGGCGAGAGCGCGUGGCAGAAGGUCCGCAACGUCGCUCGCGACGUCGUCGCCGCGACCCGCACCUUGCCCAAGCCCGUGCGCCGGGUCUGCUACGUGCAGUUCUUCGCGUGGAGCAGCUGGUUCCCGUUCCUGUUCUACUCGACGACCUACGUCGCCGAGGCCCUGUACGCCUCGAUCCCUCGCGGCACGCCUCCUCCCUCGGCCGACACGGCGACCCGCACGGGCUCGUUCGCGCUCCUCAUCUACGCCCUCGUCUCGCUCGCGGCCGGCACCUUCAUCCCGUACCUGACGACCCUCGCCGACUCGUUCCCGUCGCUCCCCUCGCGCGUCGGCCCCGUCGGCCGCCUCGUCCUGAGCGAGCUCACGCCGCGCAACAUGUGGACCGUCGCCCUCGCGUGGUACGCCGCGUGCAUGGUCGCCACCUUUUGGGCGACGAGCGUCCGCGGCGCGACGGCCGUCGUCGCCCUCGUCGGCGUGCCCUGGGCCAUCACGUGCUGGGUCCCGUUCGCGCUCGUCAUGGAGUCGAUCCGCGAGGUCGAGGCCGAGCGCGCCGACGGCGACAAGGCCAAGGCGGCGACGGCGCAGACGCACGGCGUGCCGGCCUCGCCCGGGCUGCCGUCGUCGUCCCCGUCCCCUGCGAGGCCGUUCGCGUCGCCGGCGCAGCGCGCGCUCCGUACGCCGUUCCGCAGCUCGCUGCGCCAAGCGUCGUGGGCCAUCCACUCGUUGCAGCAGCCGAGCGAGGCGUCGACGUCGCCGGCCCGGCACGCUCGCCCAACCUCGACCUCGGCCUCGGACGAUGCGACCGCCGCCGCCGCGACCGCCGCCGCCGACGAGCACACGUCGCUCCUCCUCAACACGCGCUCCUUUCCGUGCGACGCCGAGAAACCCGCGUCGUCGGGCGGCGCCGGCGGCACCAUCCUCGGCCUGCACAACCUCGCCAUCGUCCUCCCGCAGUUCUUCGUCGCGCUCGUUGCGGCGGGCAUCUUCCGCCUCACGACUCGCGCCUCGUCCAAAACCUUCUUCUUCCUCGACUCGCACGACGGCGGCGGCGGCGAGGGCGAGCUCGGCGGCGAAGACGACGUCGUGUGGGUGCUGCGGUUCGGCGGCCUCGCGAGCGCGCUCGGCGUCGUCGCGAGCCGGUUCCUCGUCGAGACGGCGAGCGAGCGCAGGUACAGGGACCGCGUCCUGUACGGGUGGCAGCACGAGCCGGUCGAGGACGACGAGAGGAGGACGACGAGGCGGAGCUUCGACUCGAACGAGUAG